AUGCUGUCUGCAGCCCAGUUACUCGAUGAGUUAAUGGGCAGAGACAGAAACUUGGCCCCUGAUGAGAAGCGCUCCAACGUGCGAUGGGAUGACGAGAGCGUUUGUCGAUACUAUCUGUGUGGCUUCUGCCCAGCGGAGCUGUUCACAAACACACGCUCUGACUUGGGUCCUUGUGAGAAAAUCCAUGAUGAAAAUCUAAGGAAACUGUACGAGAAAAGCUCUCGGUUUAUGAAAGAAGGCUACGAGCGAGAAUUCCUGCGGUAUCUGCAGUCUCUCCUGGCGGAAGUGGAGCGGCGGAUUCGUAGAGGACAUGCUCGACUUGCGCUCUCCCAAGCUCAGCAAAAUGCAGGGGGCCCGGGUCCAUCUGGAAAGAAUGAAGAGAAAGUUAAAGUUCUGACAGAGAAGAUAGAAGACCUGGUUUUACAGAUUGAGGAACUGGGGUCGGAGGGCCGUGUGGAGGAGGCUCAGGGAAUGAUGAAGCUGGUGGAGCAGCUGAAGGAGGAGAGGGAGAUGCUGAGCUCCACCCCCUCGACUAUUGAGAGCUUUGCUGCUCAGGAGAAACAGAUGGAGGUGUGUGAGGUGUGUGGGGCCUUCCUCAUCGUGGGUGACGCACAGUCCCGGGUGGAUGAUCACUUAAUGGGCAAACAACACAUGGGCUAUGCUAAGAUAAAGUCUACUGUAGAGGAGCUUAAGGAAAAACUCCGACGUCGCUCUGAGGACCCUCCAGGCGAGAGCCCCACUGUCAAACGGGACCGAGAAGAGCGAGAGCGCGAGAGGGAGGAGCGGGAGAAGAAGCGCAAAGAGGAGGAAGAGAAGGAGAAGGAGCGGGAAAAGGAGAAGGAACGGGAGAAGGAGAGAGAGCGGGAGCGCGAGAGGGAGCGAGACAGGGAAAGGGAGCGAGAGCGGGACCGCGACAGACGGGCCAGGCGAAGCCACUCCAACAGCCGCCACUCCAGCCGAACGUCGGAGAAGAGGCGCAGCAGAUCCCGCGACCGCCGGCGGUCUAGAAGCCGAGACCGGGACAGGGAACGGAAGCGCAGCAGGAGUCGUGACAGAGAGAGGAGGCGCAGUCGCGAGCGAUCCGACAGAAAACGUCGCUCCCGCAGCCGCGACAGGAGGAGGUCGCGUAGCUCAGAGCGCAAGUCCCACCGCCAUCGCAGCCGGAGCCGCAGCAAGGACAGAGACAGAGAAAGAGACAAGGACAAGGAUAGAGACAGAAACAGAGACAAAGGAAGGGACAAAGACAAAGAGCGGUCAUCAAAAGAAAAAGACCGUAAGGCGACAGAGGAGAAGAGCAGCUCUAAGAAAGAAAGCGACGCGGCCACCGUUAAGGCUUCGUCGGAGCCGGAACCGAUGCAGACCGAGGCUGCCGCCUCCUCCUCCCCCCCUCUGCUUAACGGCCAGCAAGAGCUCCUCCAAUCUGAAGGUGACACUCAGUCCAAUUAAAACUGAUCUGAUAGGACCUCAGAUCAGGCUCAGGUAAGUGCGUCCUCCUCUUCACUCCCCCUGGCUCUCGACCUUCCCUCUCACACUCUCUCCCCUUUCCUUCAGUCCUCCUACCUCCCCUCCACCCCUCCCUCUCUGCCCCUUCCAUUUCCCACGCUGUUUAUGUUCAGUUCAAUGCCUAUGAUUUUUUUUUCCUUUCCUUUUUUUUUUUUUUUUGUCGUAUGUACUAUAUGCAAAUAUCUUUAUCCUGUUUUUGAUUAGUGCAUCGUAAGUAUGCACUGAAGAUGAAGGACUAGGCCCGAUGAAUGAGAAGAAAGUAGAAAACAUUCACACAAAGCCAAGAGGGAAAGGCCAGUGUAGCCCUGAGCAAACAUGCCCAGAGGUACCCCUCGUUUUGUAUCGGUUUUUGAUCCUUGCAGAUGUUUAAUUUCACUCUGUGGAAGAAAUGACAGAUCCAGUCAAAUUUCUCUAGCUGUAUAUACAUGUUUUUACCUUUUUUUUAUUAUUAUUAUUAUUAUUAUUACUUUUCAUUACAUUUUUUUCUUACUCUGAAACAGGAAAACGUAGUAAUUGCUGUUUUGUCCAUUCAGGGAGGAAAUUAAGUGGCUGUGUUUCCUACAUGUUCAGAUUUUACCUUUGGGAGUUUGCCCAUUUUCCAGCUUACUGUGCCUGAUAAUGCCAUGCACUGUGUUUUUUUUUUUUUUUUUUUUUUUUUGGGGGGGUGGGGGGGGGGGGAAUAGCCUCUGGGGGGGGGGUCUUAACAACACUAACUGGAGGUGUAGGGUUUAUCGGAUGAAUUGCAGCUGACUUCUAUACCUCACACAGCGUUGGUGUUGUGAGCGAGACCCACAUGAGAAAAAGGGCAAAUUAAAAAUCUUGGAUACUCUCUGACUGUCAAACUGUGCAGGUACUCACCCCAGGUACUCCUUUCUCUACCCACAUCCAUUUCUGAAUGCUGUUGCCUGUCUAUAAAAAAAAAAAAAAAAAAACAACAACAACUAGCUACUUCUUUUAGAACAUGUAUCCAUCGUGUGUAUAUUUUUAAUUGUCUGAUUUGCUGCUGUAUUUGGUAACACGUUGGGGGAAGAAGAGUUAUUUGAAUGAAUAAUCUGAGACGACCUUCAUGUCCUUUUGCCAUUGGCUGAAAUUGCCACAGACGUGUCCGCAGUAUUAUUAUUAUUAUGCUCAAAUUCUCCAACAUGUCAGGCGUAUUUCCACUUUGGCGAAAGGAAUAUUAUAUAGGUUUGUCAUUAAAAUAAUGCUAAGUUUUUAUUAACGUAAAGCAGGUGAAAUAUACCAAAGUAGCCAAAUGUAUUCAAAACCUGCAGUGUUUAUGCAAGAAAUCUAAACUGUUAUUUGGUUUAUAGUUUAAUGGGACCAUCUUUUUUUUUCUUCUUUUUUUUUUUCCCCACCAAAAAAAACAAACAAAACAAAUUACCAUAUUUGAGCAGCAGAUAAACAUUUGCCUGCGUAGCUUGUUGUCUUUGCUACAAGCCCAUGUCGUGGGACCCUUGCUAACGUUGUUUGUUGUGGCCGUUUUGCUCUGCAGGGGAAGCUGGAAUGUCUUGAGGAGGAAGAAACUGAAGAGCACGCCCACCUUUACCCUGAACCUGACUUCGCUGCUUACAAACAAGGUGAACCACAGAUGUGUAGGGGGUUAUUUAAUAAAUAACCAUGAAAUGAUAUAUCUCAAUGAGGAGAGAGGGUUAAUACUUUGAUUUUAGUUUUUUGUUUUGUUUAAUUGGCUGGAUAAAAGGCAGUUGUGGUUCAUCUCGUAUUCAUCUGAUUCACUGGUAAUAGAUGAAAGCCAGAUAUCACGUGGAAAGUGUAGAAAAAGUUCUUAAUGGGCUUUUUUUUUUUGUUUUGUUUUGUUGAAAAUCUUUACACGUCCUAUGUUUCUUGGCAUUUAGUGGAAAUUGAAUAAAAACAGUGCUCGUGGUUUGUACUCAUUUUGUCAGGUUCUACUUCUGACCUCUUUUUUUUUAUUUUUUUUUUUUAAAAAACCUCAAUUAAAAGCGUAUGUACAAUGUAAGAUCCUUGACAGGGAGUGUUUCUUUCCUCCUCCACUUUGAGCUCAUGGCUAUUGCUCUUGUCCCAUAAAUGUAAAAUAUUUUGAUUUUAAUUCUCAUCUGAAGCUCUUCAUUAUUAAAGAUUUGUUUAAAUUUUGCCUUGCUUUUAAUGUACAUGUUGUCAUGUUAAAUUAAAAGGUAAAAUCUC